GUUGUGGAAACAGCAAAGAGAAAUGGAAUUGCCUCUUUCAAGAAGCAUCUGAGUGUUUAUUAUUCGUAAUAUAUAGUCACUCAAGCUUCUAGGAUUUCUGCCAGCUACAUGAAAAUGGGAAGCAACUUGAGGUUUUUGAGUCUUUGCCUCUUGGCAUUGAUUGCAUCAACUCAUGCCCAACUUCAGCUUGGUUUUUAUGCCCAGAGCUGCCCAAAAGCUGAGAAAAUCAUUUUGAAAUUUGUUCAUGAGCAUAUCCACAAUGCUCCAUCACUAGCAGCUGCAUUGAUAAGAAUGCAUUUCCAUGAUUGUUUUGUAAGGGGAUGUGAUGGAUCAGUCCUUCUGAACUCAACAACCAAUCAGGCUGAGAAGAAUGCUCCUCCAAAUCUCACAGUAAGAGGCUUUGACUUCAUUGACAGAAUAAAGAGCCUUGUUGAAGCUGAAUGCCCUGGUGUGGUCUCUUGUGCUGAUAUCCUCACUUUGGCUGCCAGAGACACUAUUGUAGCCACAGGUGGACCCUAUUGGAAAGUUCCAACAGGUCGAAGGGAUGGGGUCAUCUCUAACUUGGUGGAAGCCAGAAAUAACAUUCCUGCUCCAUUUGACAACAUCACUACGCUACAGACACUCUUUGCCAACCAAGGACUUGAUUUGAAGGACUUGGUCCUGCUCUCUGGUGCUCACACAAUUGGUAUAGCUCAUUGUUCAUCAUUAUCAAACCGCUUGUUCAAUUUCACUGGCAAGGGUGAUCAAGACCCUUCACUAGACAGUGAAUAUGCUGCAAAUCUGAAAGCCUUCAAGUGCAAGGACCUCAGUAAAUUGAACACCACAAAAAUUGAGAUGGACCCUGGAAGUCGCAAGACAUUUGAUCUUAGCUACUAUAGUCACGUUAUUAAGAGAAGGGGUCUAUUUGAAUCAGAUGCUGCAUUGUUGACUAACUCAGUUACAAAGUCUCAAAUCAUCCAAUUGCUUGAAGGGACAGUUGAAAAUUUCUCUGCUGAGUUUGCAACCUCCAUAGAGAAAAUGGGAAGAAUUAAUGUGAAGACAGGGACAGAGGGAGAGAUCAGGAAGCAUUGUGCAUUCGUAAAUAGCUAAGAAUCUUGUCUUGUUCAUGGAUGAAUCUUGUAUCUUUUAUUUUUUGGGUUUGAUUAUUUAUGCUAUGCCAAUGUUUUUUGAUUAGUUAUGCUAUGCCAAUGUUUUUUGAUUAGUUAUGCUAUGCCAUGUGGUGUCUGUCUACUUAUAAAAGACCCCUUAUGGCAUGGUUGUUGUAUGUGUGUUGGAAUAAGUAGGUUCCAUUGUUAUUCUUAUUUCCAACUUUGCUGGUAGAUCAUGCUCUUGCAAUAAGCAGCAGAAUUUCUUGUGCUACCAACAGCAGAGUUAAUGUAUGUUUAGUCUUUUUUUUUUUUUGUAUUGAUGUACUUUUUCAUUGUUAUUCUCAAUUUAAUGCAUUUUUCCUCUCACA